GACCUUACCCAGAUGCAGCCCCCCUUGCUUUCUUCUCCAGCUGGGUGUGCCCGAGCCCACGGCUUCCCCUCACGCGCGUUCUACUCUGCUGUCUGCUCCAGCCUCCAGCGGUCCAGCCACCACCUAUAAAUAUGCGCCCGAAAAUCCGCCAUUCCCACAGCAAAAAACACUCCAACACAAUUCAAGCAGGACCAAAGGCAGCAACAGCACCCCGGGCUCAAGCGAGCUUGAAGUGAUCAGAACAAGAUGUGCCAAAUCAAGAAGGAGAUGAGCGCCGAGUCGGGCUCCCCGUGCAGCUCGGCCACGUCCUCGACCUCGACCUCGUCGGAGCACCACCAGACGGUGUGGCCGUCGCCGCCGAAGCGGCCCGCGGGGCGGACCAAGUUCCGGGAGACGCGGCACCCCGUGUUCCGCGGCGUGCGGCGCCGGGGCAACGCCGGGCGGUGGGUGUGCGAGGUGCGCGUGCCGGGCCGCCGCGGCUGCAGGCUCUGGCUCGGCACCUUCGACACCGCCGAGGGGGCCGCGCGCGCGCACGACGCCGCCAUGCUCGCCAUCGCCGGCGCGGGCGCCUGCCUCAACUUCGCCGACUCGGCGUGGCUCCUCGCGGUCCCCGCCUCCUACGCCAGCCUCGCCGAGGUGCGCCACGCGGUCGCCGAGGCCGUGGAGGAGUUCCAGCGCCGGGAGGCGCUCCCGGAGCAGGAGGACGCGCGCUCGGCCACGUCCUCGACGCCGUCGUACCCUGCCAGCGACGACGGCAGCGCCACCGACGGCGAGGGGUCCUCUGACUCCUCCCCGGCCACCGGGGCCUCGCCGUUCGAGCUGGACGCGUUCAACGACAUGAGCUGGGACUUGUACUACGCGAGCAUGGCGCAGGCGAUGCUCAUGGAGCCGCCGUCUGCGGUCAUGGAGUUCGGCGACGCCAGCAUCAUCGAUGUGCCACUCUGGAGCUACUAGAAGCGAUGCUGCUGAGCCGGAGCUUAGCUUUUCCUUUUUCUUUCACAUGGCCUCGGACGCCAUUUCUUUUGCCUGUAUGUAAUUUUACUUCUUUGAGAAAACAGAGCAAAACAGAGCAUGCCCAUUUGACUUUCU